AUGGAAGCCAAGAGACCCAGCGCCUUCGUCUUUAAAGGCUCUGGGGACCUGGCCCAACUGAACAAAGACAUCGCGGCUUUGAAGGCGGACAAGCUCCCCCACAUUCCCCACCUUCUCCUCGUAACUACCGAUUAUCCAUACCUGCCGGUUUUCCCCCACGAGAAUCAGAAUACGCCCUUUGCAUGGUGGGAGGUCAAGGACCUGCAAUACAUGACUUUGGUCUCGGAUGGGGAGCGCGGUAUUGCUCUAGCAAAGGGCGAUUGGGAAGAUGAAUUUGCUGGCCCGCCGUCAAAUUCAGACCGGCGCAGUAGUACUACAACACCAAACUCGUUUAAUAAAGACAGCAAGAAGCCCUCGGUCAAGUAUUCGAUCAAGGACUACAAGAAUAUGAAGCAGACUGGGGUCAAGCCGUCUCCGAAGCCUAUGGCUGCCGAUGCUGAGCGCCGGCCAGGCCAUACAAGGAAUAUCAGCGGAGUAUCUAUGGAUUCGCCCAUGUCCCGUAUGCCGUCCCUGGAGGGUCCUGCUCCAGAGGUCAAGCAGAAUGGCGCAAGCUUCUCAGUCAGCUCGGUUAAGGAGACGGGUUCUCAGGAUGAGAGAUCAAAUGCCUAUCAAUCCAGUCAGCGAGGCCCACGAGUCAAGUCAGCUUCAAACGUCAAUGGCCAUGUUGAUACUUCAGCCCGCGAUACUCCAAGUAAAGUUUCCAGCAAGAAGCUUGAAAGGUCUGGCGAACAACGGACUGCGCAACCAAUUAAACAUGCGCUUCCUCCACGGCCUCAGUCACCGCGUCGGGAGAGGCAGGUAUCCGAUCCCAACCCCCACAAGCGGCCCCUCGAGUGUGGAGCUGCUCCUCCCGAGAAACGAACCAAAAUCGAGCCAAUGAGGACUCCAUCGAACUCGCAACAUUCCCUCCCCCCCAGGCCAUCAGAGCUUCGGUCCGAAACGAAGAAAUCACCUACAAAAUCUCACAGCUCACAAUCCCAAUCCUCUCAACCUUCCCCUCAACCAAGAAAGGCUAUAUCAAAAUCGGAAACGAAGCACGCUUCAAAAUCUAGUUCGGAGAAACCCUUGGACCUUCCCCCACUCCUAUCACCAUUGCCUGCAGAUCUGGAUAAUGGUUCUAGUCCACGGCCAUCAUCUGGAUUUUCAAAUAUCAAAAAGGCUGCGGUUGUCAAGAAAUCCUCCUCCGGCACGCCACCAGCAAAGCCAAAACCAAGCGAACCGGACACCAUUAUUGUCAAAGCACCUCCGGCCGAUUCGUCUCCAUUAUCGACCCCGCCCAAAUCUUCAUCUUCGCCAUUUGUCCUUCCUCCAAUUCUGUCGCCUAGUCUACCAGAUGCCGUUGAGCAAGAGUUGCUUAGGUUGCAGCAAAAGUCAGCUGCGCUUAAUACUGUCGAAGCCAGACAUGAGAAAGCGCGGCAGCCUGAUGCACCUGGUGUGGCUCGCAAGACAGUAAAGUCAAAGGUCGGACACCCACCUAAGAAGAGUCAGGCUGAAUCAAGCAAGAGUCAGGAUGUUGCAAUCAAUUCCUCCAAACGGCAAAGUUUGAUUGUCAAGCUUCCAUAUAAGAAGACACAAAGGAAGAUCAUUGAACAGUAUCUUCGCCUUAAGCCAACACCAUCCUCGGAAUUUAAAAAACUCGAGGCAGAGCGCUUUGCAUUCCAGCAACCACCUGUCGUCUCGCAGAAAGAGCCUUCCGAUUCAGAUGAGGAUACCCCUCUAGCAACUCUCUCAAAGCCCGUCCCUCCACCGAGCAGAAAGCGCCCCGUUGAGUCUACUGAAUCGCGAGCCGCAGAGCCAGCACCAAAGCGCAGCAAGCUACCGGAACCAGCAGAACCGCCUAAACCGAAGAAUGCGCCUCUUAAACCUCCCUUCAACUCCCCAACUCCAAGUGGUCCUAAUGAGAAAAGUCUGCUAUCCACGCCGAGGAAAGGAGAUGCCAUGAAGACAGUUGCAAUGCGCAAAGUUGAUUCCCACGAUGGCCUUGCACGCACCCCACAAUCUGCCAAUAUCAGCACGCCCGCUAGCGUAGAGAAACCACGUGUCAAUGGCACCGAUAUCCGCAUGGCGAGUCCAGAAUUAGACCGGCUGAAAGCAGAAGAAAAGCGUCUCUCACAACAAGCCAACAAGCUCAAACACAAGAUGGAUGACAUUCUUAAGCUCAAGAGUGAUCAACGAAAUAAUGUCUCGGAACCACAACGCAAACUCGGCUUGAGUGUUGGGAUUGAAUGUAUCAUUGUAUACGUCAACGCAUUUUCUGCAAAAGACCGAAUCCUACAGCUUCAAAAGCUAGCGCCCAUGCCGCAGAAUUGGGAAUCUCUCAUCAAGCUAUGGGAAUUCACGGAUUCUCACACUAGAGGAUUCCCUAUCCUACAAGCACUCAGCGCCCGUUUAGGCGUGCUCUGUCGAGAGGAACUCCACCGUAUUUAUCCCGAUACUAAGGAGUUCCAAGGUAGGGAUGCGAAGUGUCUUGAUAUGCUCAAACUUAAUUCUAAGGAGAGGGAUAAGCUCUGGGGCAGGAGUCAUGCCUCGAGGGGGAUUCUAACGGAGUUGGGAGUUGCGGAAGUUAUAGGGCCAUGGACGACGGUGCCGGAGGCUACGAAUUUUACGAUGGACGUUCUGGGCGCUUAUUCGAAGAAGGAGAAAGUGGGCUGGAAGAGGGAGAUGAACAUCUAG